AUGGAGAAGAACCGUAACCCUAAAACCUGGUCUGAGCUUCCUCUAGAUCUCUUGACAUCAGUUUUCGAACGACUCAGCUUUGUUAAUUUUCAACGAGCUAAGUCCGUGUGUUCGUCUUGGUACUCUGCUUCGAGACAAUCCGUGCCCAAAAAACAGAUCUACCCUUGGUUGAUUCUCUUCCCCAAAGACAAAAACAACAACAACAGCUCUUCAUGCACGUUGUUGUUCAAUCCCCAGGAGAAAGACAAACUGUACAAAACACAAGAUCAUGGUGUUGAGUUUGCGCAGAGUGUUUGUAUUGCAACCUAUGGGAGUUGGCUUCUUAUGCAAGAUCCAAAGUAUCAUCUAUACAUCUUGAACCUCUUCACCGGCGGGAGGAUCAAUCUUCCUCCUGUGGAGUCACAACUUGGUAUGGUAAAGGUUGAAAGAACCAUUAAUGAUUGGUUUCGCUUUUCACACCAUGACUACGUAAGCCCGUACGAAGCUAUGAGUAUAAUAUCCCCUGUGUUUUGGAUUGACGAGGAAUCUAAAGAUUAUGUAGUAGUGUGGGCUAUUGAAGAUGGGUGUGUGGUUUCUGCCAAGAAAGGAGAUACCUCGUGGAAUCAAAUUCCCAAAACUUUUGAUUGCUGUGACAUGGUCUACAAGGAUCACAAGCUUUACUUCCUAAGCAACAAGGAUAAUUUGCGAGUCUUAGAUUUUUCUGGAGGGAUGGAAAACAAAACUUUCAAGGUGGUAAGCUUCUGUAUACUAGGUUCUUGCCCUGUUCAAUCAAAUAACUUAUGGUGUUGGUACGUCACUGAGACAAAACUUGUAGUCACAGUAACAAGAAAAGUCCUCAAGGUUGAAAAAUUGUGGAGACCUGGCUCAAGAUACUGGUCCUUCCGAGUUUACAAGAUUCCUUCAUCAGAAUUCUAUGGUCAUUGUGAAAUAGUUGAUUCUUUGGGUGACGAGGCAAUGCUUUUGGAUCUUGGCAUUACUGUGCCCGCCAGUGACAUUGAGGGAUUCAAUAAAAACUCCAUCUAUUUCGGUUUUAGUCAUGAAAGAAAGACGACUAAUGUAUGUCUCUUCAAUCUUGAGACGCAGAAGAUGGAGCUACUGCACAAACUUGAUUGUUCUCCCCUUCAACUCUCUAGAGCUCGGUGGUUCUUACCAAGUUUCACUCACAAGUGA